AGAAAAUUAUUUUCUUGCUUUGGAAUGUGAUUGGGUAUUUGGGAGAGGGUGCUGUGAAGUAUGCACAUUUCACACUCUUUUUCGUCUACUAAGCUCUCGGACGCUCGCUCUCCAUUUGACGCCAGAAGCAUCAAAAAGUUCCAGUGGUCCUACACGGAAGGGAAGGACACGAAGCGUCGACGUUUGUUGUAGACUGUGAACAGGGGAGGAGGAUUCAGGUUCCUCUCUCUACUGUUGGUCUGCAGAAACCCACUUUUCAUUGAGUGGUAAUGUAGCAUUUCGGUCCGAAAUCUCAUUGUUUUCGGGAGGCUAAAGCUGAUAUAUUGGGAAAUUUCUUGGUGGGUGCUUGGGUUUCGUUUUGUUUUAUUCUUGAGAUUGUUGGUGGUUUUUUUUUGUAGUUCUUUGAUUUUUAGUUCUUUUGGCGAAUCAUUAGUAGAUCGAUGACUCUCUGGAUUUUAUAGAUGCCUAGGAAACUGGUAAGAUCGAGACAGAAGGUUGCACUUUGAACUAGUUUGGUGCUUACCCGCUUGAGAAUGUCUUUUUUGAGGGGAGAAUUGGUGUGGGUUUUGCGUGAUAUCUUAUCUGGGCUGUCUAUUGAUGCUUCGACAAUAUUUUUGAAAUUACUCACUUAUGACGAUAGGGAGCCUUAAAUGGACUUCGUCUCAUAUGAAAUGUUUGCACCCUAAAGUUGUAUCUCCGUAUUUUAACAGUAAACUUCAGUUGGCUCAGUUUGUUUAACGGAUUUAAGAUGAAUUUAAACCUCGAUCGGUAGCACACUGUCAAAAUGAAGCUCAAUUUGGUUUUCAUCUUUAGUUGGAAGGAGAAUGAGUUUCUUAUCGAUUUAGAUGUAUCUUAGUGGUAAUUGUGAUUCUGGAUAGCUCUUGUAAAAGCCUUUGAAGUUAGUACGAUUGAUUUGGAUUCCUCUUGAUGGCUUCUAUUAGAAGAACCUUGUUGCCGGUGCCUCGACCUGGCACUUUAGCAAAUGGGGAAGUCUCUUCAGUGAAUUCUCCCUUGUCCAAGUCCUCAUCAUCUCCUCAGCAUUAUCCACCGUCCGGUGGAUUGCUAUCUUCUUUAGUCAGUCCAUUGGACUCUCAAACUUCUGUUCUCAGUGUAUUUUCACCCAGAUCUUCGAGGCCCCCAGAGAGGUCAAAACCAAAGGCGCAAAAGUGGAGGAAGCCUCUUUUCCGUUUUUUCAUUUGUUUCAUGGUUGGAAUUUUGAUGGGACUUACCCCUUUUGUGUCAUUCAAUUCAUCUAUGAAUCCCAUGUCAAAGCAUCAAGCUAUUUCAUUUGAGGUAAUAUCCAAUGUUGGGAAUUUUCAUUCAGAUGAUAAUGUGACCAGAUCUACAACACCAUUAGACAGUGGGGACAUGAGGCAUACUGCCACAUUAGAAUCAGAAGUGGAGGACAUGGAACAGAUGGAAGAGAUCAAUGAGGAUAAACUUGAUACUCAAGUAUUCAAUGAAGACUCAAACUUGGUGUCACAGAAGCUUUUGAUAAUAGUGACACCAACAUAUGUUCAACCCUUUCAAGCAUAUUACCUGACACGGUUAGCUCAGACAUUAAGGUUGGUCACACCUCCUCUCUUAUGGAUUGUGGUGGAGAUGACCUCCCAAUCUGCAGAUACAGCUGAUAUCUUGAGGAGAACUGGGGUUAUGUACAGGCAUCUUGUUUGCAACAAAAAUCUAACAGACAUAAAAGAUGCAUACAUUCAUCAAAGAAAUGUGGCACUGUCUCACAUAGAAACCCACCAUCUUGAUGGAAUCAUUUACUUUGCCGAUGACAAUAACAUCUACUUCACUGAUCUUUUUGAGCAAAUGAGGCAGAUCAGGCGAUUUGGAAUGUGGAUGGUGGCCAAACUAACAGAGAACAAAAGCAAAGCUAUCUUGGAGGGGCCCGUUUGUAAUGGAACUCAAGUAGUUGGGUGGCACAUAAUUGAAUCACAUGAGAAAUUCUGGAGAUUCCCUGCUGCAAUGUCUGGAUUUGCUUUCAAUAGUACCAUACUGUGGGAUCCAAAGAGGUGGCACCGACCCACCCUGGAACCCAUCAGACAAAUAGACACGGUCAAGGCUGGCUUCCAAGUCAGCACAUUUAUAGAACAGGUUGUGGAAGAUGAAAGCCAGAUGGAAGCUUUACUGCAGGACUGCUCAAGAAUCAUGGUUUGGAAUAUUUAUCUUGCUUCAUCUAAUCCCUCCUAUCCUAGCAAAUGGUUUAUGAAGAACAGUCUAGAUGUCAUUAUCCCACUUGCUUGAAGUUCUAGAUGUGAGGGGAGUCUAUUUGGGUGGUGAAGGUAAACUAGUUCAAUUUUGAAUUUUCAUUUUCUUCCAUGGAAAGAAGGUAACUCCUUUAAAAUUAUUUGAGAUUUGCUUCUUGAAAUUAUCAAGAAGCAAGUCUUAACCCAUCUCAAAGACUGGUGUGCAGUUCACACCUAAAGCUGCUUAAGGUGUCUCCUAUAUUUUUAGAGCAUCUGCUGGAAUUUAUCUGCUGCUUUCCAGCAAUAGGGUUGUGGAAAGGGUUUCUUUUAGCUACAAGGGCCAGUUUAGAUCAACUCCAAUAGCAGGCAAAAGCAUUUCACUUGCUAUACAAAACAGAAAACAUCAACUUUUCUCAUGGUGCCAAAUGCCUCUCGUUUGAUAGAAUUUAUUAUGUUGGGUUGUUUGCUGGGUUCCAGUUGUACUUUCUCUCUUUCACACGCACAUCAGUUAUCUCUGUUGUAGGAAGAUGGUCAAGAAUCAUUGAUCAUCCUGCCGGUGGUUAUCUUCACCUUGGUGAUUCCUGUUUGGAGUGCCAAUCCUAUAUGCCUGGCCGAAACAGUUUCUGCUUGACGAGAUGUGGACUUUUGCAGGCAAAUCUUCUGCCAUUUCCCUUUUAAAGUUGGUCUUAGUUUCCUUUAUUUUGAAAGGGAAAAAGAAAAAUCAUUGUCCUGUUAUAUGAGUUGUCCAUUUUCUGCCCUGGCUACCCUCUUAAGCCAGUGAAAAUUCAGCCUAAUUACUCAUCUGCAGUAGGGUGCAUGACCGACUAUUUCAGUUGAGGAUGUGUUUCCCUUCUCUUUCAAAAUGAUUCCAUGUAAAUUAUAAGCAAUUUUGGAUCUAGUUGGUUCUUCAGGCAUUUAGUACAUUGUUAUGACAGGCCUCUGCAUGUAUUUCUUUACUAAAGUUAUUCAAUGUGUUAGUGGUAA